AUGUCGGCGCAUCUGGAUCCGGAGCACACAUCUUGCAUCGGCGGUCGGACCGUUGUGACAUGUCGGGACUGCGCUGGGAACGCACCACGAGGCGCAAUCUGCACCAGUUGCAGCGGACGCGGAUUCACCAUCUUCAUCUGUGCACACUGCAACCCCGCGGCCGCUGCUCUCGCUGCCCGGAGCGCCGGCUCGUCGACAGAAUCCUCCACCCCGUCGUCUCCCGCCUCUCUCAGCAGAAGCUCAUCGACCUCGCUGUCGUCAAGAAGCGACCUGACAGGACCUCGACCCUGGAAACGCUUUGGGGAUGGUGACGGCGGUCCUGGAGGUGGGAGAGUCGGUACAAACACAAAUACUCCCCGGAGUGUGUAG